UUAACAACGGCGACACCACCGGAGUGCAAGCUCUAAAAAUAGAUUAAUUUACCAAAGUUUACUCACCUCAAAUUCUCUCUGUUGAAAACAAAGUGCGCGUUUUCCUCUUUUUUUUUUUUUUUUUUUUUUUUGUUAUUUUCCGCACAAAUAUAGCUGCAGAUAAAGAGCGCCAGCUGUUUGUUUACAUCCAUUUUCAAGAUCCCGCGCACAGUGUGUUGCUUAGCAGCUGUCUCAAUCGUAAACGUUUGUGUUCUUCUCCGACUGUCAACGAUUAAAAUCGGCUCCAGUUGAAGGAAACAAUCGGUAUGUGUGUUCUGUUCAGUCUUAGAAUGUUUCAGCUAAUCGUUAGGUGUGUCCCCGGCUUUAAGCCCCAUUUAGUGUGUUUUUGUUUAAAACACUUUUGCUACAGUUACUCCUGUCGUUUACACUACUCUGCACUACACUACAUGGCUGCCCACAUUGUUCGCUCUGCAUGUCCUUGACGACCAUGUAAACAAUAACAUGGAGACUCACUGAACUGCAGUCUUUGCUGGCUUUGUUGUCAUUUUUAGCAGCCAUUAUACAGUUAAACUCUACAUUUUUUAAUACCGCGGCUACCUACAUGAGCAAGAGGCAACUGUUUACACUUGUACACGCAUGCCCAGUGUUCAUGAACGGUCAUGUGACAAGCGUUUUCAGUUGUGUAGUGUAGACGGAGAUCAUUUCUGAAAUGCUGUGGAAACACCAGUGAAGACGACCAUUUCAAACGCAUUACUGUAAACAGGGCCUUAGUUAGUUUUCAUUAGUUAUCAUUGGUAUCAUUGGUUCCUGUUUUUUUCCUUUCUGUUUCGUUUGUUUUCACGUUUUCUUAGAAUGUUUGCAUUAGUUUCCAUGGUUAUUCAUUGUCUGAGUAAUUUACCCACCUGUUUCUUGCUUCCUCGCUUUGAUUAACCUUUGUAUACAGCAUAUAGCCUUGAGUUUGGUGUGCUUUGUCCAAUCUCAUUGUUCUUUAAUGGUUGCUAUUUUGCUGGGUGUUUGUAUUCUGAUCUCUUGAGAGUCUGUUAAUUUGAUUUGAGUGUUUAUUAAAAUUAACUGCUGCAUUUAGAUCCAGCCUCUAUAUGAUCCUUGUCUCAACCGUUGCUGACAGUUAAGCUUUAUUGUCAUAUUUUUCAAGUACUGAAGUGAAAAAUUAGAACACUACCACAGAGGUGGUAUUGGAUUUCUGAGUUUGUAGUGAACAUUAGAAUUGAGGGGAAAAGAGUAGAGACUUGAACCGUUUUUAUUUUCAGUACUCAAAAUUUAAUAGCUGUUUCAAUGGGUCAAGGAGAAGCACUAUAUAGUGUUUGGCCUGCUGGGUUUUACAAGAUUACUGUGUUGCCAACUCAACAUUUGUGUUUAUUUGGUUUACAAAAAAGAAUGUUGUAAAAAAAAAAAAAAUCAGAUACUGUUUUUAAGGACUUGCAUCCGAGAAGACAUUUAAAAGAAAACCACAUAUGGUGAAAUCUUUCUGGAAUACCCCCAUAAUAUCUGGCUUAUCUACAGUUGCUGUGUCAUGAGCUGAAGAUUUGUUAUAAAGGAAGCAUCACGCUUGAGUCAUAAUGUUUAUCUUCAUAUCAGCUUCAUAACAGUUAUAUGUGCAAGUGUUUUACUCACGCGAAAGACAGCCAGAGCAUGACAAAUGGAAAGCUAGAACAGAUCCAGGCUUCCAGUGACGACAGCCUCAUUAUGCGUUUAUAAGAGCGCCUGUCUGAGCUCACCACUAUCUAGUUGGAGGAGAUUCAGCCAGACAACACAUCGGAAGUGAACGGAUAGUGACUCUGGAUCUAUAAUCUGGAGCUGUCACUUAACAUGAAAGUGUCCCAAUGGAACUAAAUUCAUCGAACGUCGCCUGCAACGAAACAGUCGCCUGGAUAUGGCUGUCUUCUCUCCAGCCUCCAUUUCUGGCUCUUAUCAGCAUCCUGGGAGUGGUGGGCAACAGUCUGGUCCUCUGCGUGUUCUGUUUCCAGCGGAAGCCGUGCAGCGUAGCUGAUGUGUAUCUGGGCAACCUUGCAGCUGCAGACCUCAUUAUGGUCCUCUGUUUGCCCUUCUGGGCGGUCACUAUCGCCCGAAACUAUCAGUGGAACUUUGGUCAACUGCUCUGCAAGGUGGUCAACACCGCCAUCUCGAUGAACUACUACUGCAGCAUACUUUUCCUAGUGCUAGUCAGCGUGGACCGCUACCUCGCCCUGGCCAAACCCAUGACUCCCAGUAGGCUGAGAUGCCCCAAAUGGGCCAGGCGUAUCUGCGUGGUGAUUUGGGCGGUUGGAUUCACCCUCAGCCUCCCAGCAAUGCUCUUCCGAGGAGUAAAUUUCGUUCCAGUCGUAGAGGUGGAAGCCUGCUACCUAGUGUACCCUCAUCCGGCCUGGGUGCUCCAACGGAACAUUACGAUGAACUUGAUUGGAUUCCUGGUUCCCCUGCCAAUCAUUUCGCUUUGCACCUAUCACAUGGUCAAGGCACUUAAAAAUCGUGGUGUGGUGAUUCAACCGAGGGUGCAGACGGAGAGGAAGGCUGCUCAUCUGGUUCUGACGGUCCUCGCAGUGUUUCUCCUGUGCUGGACACCCUUCCAGCUACUGCGUUUCCUUAACACACUUGACUACUUUAAUCUCCUUGCUGGGUGCCUCUGGGAGCACAUAUUACAAAUAGGCAAUGAGCUGGCUACUUAUUUAGGGUAUAGCAAUAGCUCAAUUAACCCUUUCUUGUAUGUUAUCGUAGGGAGUCACUUCCGAAAGAAAGCUCGAGGAGUUUUUUGGAGUCUUUUGCAUCCCAGACGGAAGAGCAGCUCCUCUGUGCUCACAAACGUUACUGUUAUUAGCAAGUGUGGUGACAGUCCCAAAGACAACAGAAUAACACCGCUGACUCUAAGAGCUGUAUACCCACCCCUCACACCUCAUAUAGUGUGCAGGUCAUUAUGAAGAUACAAAGAAACUCAAACGGAGGAGGUUCGAUUCCCAGGAGAAACAUAUAUACCUCUUAUUUGUUUAAUUGUGCAAUCCCGUUUUCCUUCCCUCGCAUCUAUUCUUUCCAUCUUAGCUGAGGUGUGGAAAGAAUGAGAUGCGAGGAAAGAGGAAUCAGUGGAAUAUUCAAGUGUCAAAUCAAUAAUUACUGAUGAUUUCGCACUAAAAUGUUUUGAAAAGACUUUUGUAAAGGUAUAAAAACAUCUGUGGACUAAUGUGUUUGGUUUUAAUAUUAUUAGUGAACUGAAAGAGUGUAUUGUAUUGUUAAUCUUUUACAGUUACUUACAACAUUUCAUUUUCACGAAAGCAAAUUUAAUAACCACAAACCUUUAUUUAUUGUUUUUUUUUAAACCAAGGAGUAUAUUCAAAACCAAAGCUGUUUUUGAAUAUAUAAUGUAUAUAUUUAAUGUGUAUUUAUAUCAUUGUACUUUGUGUUAUAUUAAUAAAAAUAAUUCAAACUGUCUAUUUAAAUACUGUGAUAAAACAUUACUUUGUACUGCUUUAAUACCUUGCUGUGCUGUUAUGUUUAUGUAGCUGGUUAAACAAGAUAUUUUAAAUAAAGCAAGCUGUACUGUUGAUAUGUGAAAUAUGUUUUUGGCCGAGGUUCAGGGAAGGAUACACCUAUGUUUCCUAGUUCUCCAUUCUCCUUUGGAAGCUUCCCUUAUAGUGGGUUUUGUAAAUUGAUAUAUCCUUCAUGAUGGUGCUCGAUCGAUUUCUGGUUCAUGGAGGACAGAGCAGUGAGCAACCAAGGAGCAAUUAGAGUAUUUAGAAGCACAUCACUUUGAAAAAGUGCAUUAUAGUUUCAUUGUUACAUGGGUCAAUGAUGUGAUGGAUCAUUUUUUUUGUCCAAAGGCCUUAAUAAUAAUAAAAAACAAAGAUAUGACAUCCAAAGGUAGUACAGCUAGAUCACAUUUAUUGAAUCCAAAAGGUUUUAAUUAUAUUUUGCUACAUGUAAAUGUAUUUUAAAGAUUUUGAAGUGUCAAAAGGUCAUUCGAUUUAACCGUCCAAAGGCCAACACAGCCAUUUCAUUUGU